UCUUCAAUAAAAAACACUCCAGCAAGAACCUCCAUAACAACACUUGGUAUUUUCCUCUUUAAAAUGAAAUGUGGACUUUCAAACAAAAUAUUAUCAACAAUAUUCAAUAUAACAAAAUCAAGUAUAAGAAGAGCAAUUCACUCAGCUAGACAAGCUCUUUGUGAUAUCAUUGUUCCAGCCCAUCUUGGAUUUGAACAUGUUACUAGAGAAGAAAUCAUUCAAAAACACACCAGAAAAUUAGCACAAGACCUUCUAGCUGAAAGCAAUGACCAGGCAAUUCUAGUUCUUGAUGGAACAUAUAUUUACAUUAACAAAAGCAACAACUUUCAAUUCCAAAGGAGAAGCUUUAGUAUGCACAAGCACAGACCAUUAGUUAAACCCAUGAUAAUUGUCUCUACCACUGGUUAUUUUGUGAGUGUUUUAGGGCCAUAUUUUGCUGACUCAAAAAACAAUGAUGCAUCCAUUCUAAAACAUAUUUUAAACAACAACAUACAAGAAAUCAAAUCAUGGAUUGACCCCAGUGACAUUUGUGUAGUAGACCGUGGUUUUAGGGAUGCUAUUGAAUUAAUGAAGGAACUAGGGAUACAAGCAGAAAUGCCUGCCUUUAUGAAAAGAACAGAAAAACAGAUGACAACAGAUGAUGCAAAUGCCAGUAGGUUUGUAACAAAGGUGAGAUGGGUGGUAGAGGCUGCAAAUGCAAGGAUCAAAAGGUGGAAGUAUCUUUCACAUGUUCUUCCAACAAACCAAGUGCCAUACAUAGGUGAUUAUGUAAGCAUAAUUUGUGCCUUAUGUAAUAAGUACCUGCCACCUAUCAACCAAACCCAAGAACUUGACUCAACUUUAGCAAGCCAGAUGCGGGAUAGAUUGUCAGGCAAUCUUUGUCUUCAAGAUUUUGUGGAAGAACAUGAUCUUGCUAGGAGAAGUGUAGCCCAUUGGACAACUACUGAAUCAUUGACAGAUUUUCCAAAACUGUCAGAAACUAUAUUGAGAAUUUUAACUCUUGGUACUUACCAGUUAAAACUGAGCUCAAGCUAUGUACAGGAAUAUAUUAGUGGUACUUGUGACUUUCACUUGCACAAGGAAAUUCCGGGCCUUCUAAGAGUUAGACUUCAGAGCCGCCAUAUAGCAUCAAAAUCAUAUCUUGUGUGGUUAAAAUAUGAUGAAGACCAUGUAAUUGCAUGGUAUUGCAAAUGUAGGGCUGGGGCUAGGACAGUUGGUACUUGCUCUCAUGUUGCUGCAGUCAUAUGGUACCUGGGCAUGGCUGUCCAUACAGCUGAAACAAGCUUUGGUGUGAAAGACUGGGGUGAGUAUUUGGAGGAUGCUUCAGCUAAUCCAGAAUCAAUAGACUCUUCAGAUUCAGAAGAAAGUAUAGUUGAGGAAUAGCUUCCUCUCAUAUAGUGGUUGAUAUAUUGUUAUAUCCAAAUGCAAUUGUUCUAUUUUCAAAUUCUGUACAAACAAAAGUUUUUUCAAUAAAGUGAUUCUGCUUGGUUAUAUAUUUUAUAAAUAUGUCUAACAGGUUAUAUGGCCAUGCAUGAUUGAUUGUUUGCAAUAUAACCCACCCCUAGCGGCUCAUGUUAUAUAAUCUAAUGACUGUUUAUAUUGAACUAUGUGGAUAGCCUGUCAGACGUUCUUGUAACUAACAUUAUCCUGUUUCAAUCAGCGUGUCAUACUCUCUUAGAAUAUGUAAAUAUUGAACUAAAUCUUUAACCAUUAAGUAAAUAAGUGUAUAUGAAGUCAGCAUUAAUUCCAUUCAAUAUGUCACCCAGUUGUGCCAGAUCUGACAGGUUUAAAUACAGUAAUGCUGACUAAUAUAUUUAUAGAUAAAUAAAUGUAAAUUAAUAUAUACUGUAAAUUCUAAUUGUAUGUUUUGAUGUACAUAUAAGUAAUUAUAUAUAAUGUUAUAUUGCUUCAGUGAUGUUAAUCUUAACUUGUACAUCUGUAUAAAAGUGCAGGAUAUUAAUUUACCGGUACUGUAUAAAUGAGCCGUUUCACGACAAAACGAACAUAAUGGGUUUGCGACCAGCAUGGAUCCAGACCAGCCUGCGCACC